UGGCCUGAUGCUGGGAGCCCGUCUCGGGUUUCUCGAGCGUUGCAUGUCGGGGCGCGCCGCGACCCUGGCUGCGGCGGUCAAGGCGCACUUCCGAGCCCAGAGGGACUCGUAUUACGGCGCGCCACUCUGGAAGUUUGCCCCCACGACCUUGUACAGAACCUUUGCGAGGAGUGAGGAGACCAUCCAUACGAUAGUAUCGGAUCUAAUGGAGGAGGCCAAGUCGCGGUGCAAGGGCGCCGCGCAGGAUGACGGCAUGCAAGAGAUCUUCCUGAAGAUCCUGGAGAACCCUGCUCUGGACAUGCGGGACAAGAAAGCGGCCGUCAUCGACUUCAUCACAGCCGGCAUUGAGACGUUAGCAAACAGCCUAGUAUUCCUGUUAUACCUGCUAAGCGGACGACCUGACUGGCAAGAGACGAUACGUUCAGAAGUGCCUUGCAGCGGCGAGCUCAGGGCUGAGGAGAUGGCUGCAGCACCGUCCAUAAGGGCGGCCAUCAACGAAGCCUUCAGGCUGCUACCCACCGCGCCCUUCUUGGCCAGACUUCUGGAAGCACCUAUGACUGUGGCUGGACAUAAGCUACCUGCUGGGACGUUUGUGCUGGCUCACACUGGUGCUGCUUGUCGUCGGGAAGAGAACUUUUGGCGUGCGCAGGAGUACAUUCCAGAGAGAUGGCUGGUUGGCAAGGAGCCUCACGCGGCAUCGCUGGUCGCGCCCUUCGGACGAGGGCGGCGGAUGUGCCCGGGCAAGCGAUUUGUCGAGUUGGAGCUACAUUUACUGCUCGCAAAGAUAAUGCAGCGGUGGAGAGUGGAAUUCGACGGGGAUUUGGACGUCCAGUUUGACUUUCUGUUAUCCCCCAAGUCACCAGUGUCAUUGCGACUCGUCGAGUGGUAGUUACCCACUCUAUUCCUACCUCUAUAGGUAGUCAUAACCAUACGAUUAAGUGAAGAAAUCGCUAGCUUUCAAGACAGACGUGCUUACUUAAAUUGUACACGUUUCGAGCGAGUUCCAUUUAUGUUAGCGUAAUCGAUAUGCUCAUAAGUCAUAACGUAAUGCUCAUUGUAUUUGAAUAGUUUUAAUGUUAACUUUAAUUACUAUAUUUAGCUAUCCGCUUGGAUUGAGCACGUUAAGUACCAGCUUAUAGGAAACAUGGGCUUUCUUUUGUACUGGAGAAAAACCUGAAACACCCGUUUAGUCCAAGCUAACUUAAAGACGUUCCAACUUCGAUUAUUUACUCACAAAUAAGUUAUAAGCAUUUUCGUCUUAACCAAAGAAAUAUAAACAGUACUUCCGAAACACGCCUUAUUAAAUAUAAGUAGCAUGUAUGUAUUAUUGUGUAAGUUUUUGGUCCUUCGAGCCGGAUAUUAAACUCGGUUGCCAUGACAGAGCUCGAGCGUGAGAGUUACAGGGUACCGGCACUGUCUGCUCAAUUUGAUCACGUCUUUUUAGUUUUUAAGUGCUGUCCACAAAUUAUAAGUUAAGUACGUAUUUUAUAUUACAUUUACAAAGUAUCGCUAAAUUAGUGUGUAACUUUACAAUAUUAUAAAAUAUGGCUGUGUUAAUGUCAAAAAACGUAUUUAUAUAAAAUUAUAAUAAACCGAGAAUACCUCUUGUUAAUAAGACUGCGUACCGCCAGCAUACGAGCAUUUUGUCAGCAUUUAUAAACCAUGUAUUGCAAGAGUAUGUUAAGUCUUAGGUAAGGUAAUAUUACUAUGAUUAAUUGAGACAUCAUCUAUAGUAAUGUAUGUGACUACUUAUUUAUUUAACUAUGAUCAUUCCCUGUAAUGUUUGGUAGCAUAAAUAAUAAGGGUAUUUAUGCUAGCCCGAUGUAGUGGCCAUUUCAUAUUAACUGUAUGUGUUGACACAAUGUACCCUCUAAUAUGGAGUUAGUUAUAUCUUUUCAACAACUGGUAUAGAACGUGUAAUUGAGUUAAAGUAAGACUUUGUAAGAAUACAGAUUUUAAUAUUUUUGUAUCGCGCGCUGUCUAAAACUUAGACGCGCAGUGCCAUGCAUGCCUCAGUGAAGCCUAAUGAAAUGGUUGUGUAGACUGUGUAGAGUUUCGAAUAAAAGAAAAUACACAAU